GAGAAAUGCAAAGUAAAUAUCUGAGCUGAAAGGAUAGCACUAAUAUACCAGGAUCACGUUCCGGUCACGUCUGACCAAGAGUUGCAUAAGACAAUAAAAGUUAUUGUGGCCUUUUGUCCUUCAAACAAUAUAGUCUUAGCUUUCUCAUAAAGAUAACAGGAACUCUUGAGCCGAGAGAUGCAGAUAAUGCAAAGUGCAAUCAAAACCAAGCUAUGACAACAGUGACAUCAAGAUAAGAUUACAUUUUGCAACAGAAAUGAAUACCAGUGCCGUUAAGUUGAUGUAAACAUGGAUUCAAAUGCACCUGCACAAAAAUUAAAAUCACUUUCUCAGCAGCAACCUUUACAAGACCAGCACUGACAGAGUCUUUGUCAUGUUCAACUCAUCAUAUAAAGCUGCUAUAUGAAGAGCCCUUUGCUAUUUAAUUUUCUAGGUCCAAUUGUUUGUUUGCAGUUUUUAGCACAAACAGGAGCUCAACAGACCCAGUCAGUGUCACAAACAAGUACCAUGAGAUCAUAGCCAAAUAGUUUUGGUUGGUUUUAUCACAGUUUCUUGAAUAAUUUAGUUACAUUCAUUGAAGGGUGCCUUUUAAUCCAACCAGUAGUCUUUUCAUGUAGUCAUCUAAAAGUUUCAGUGCCCAAAUUUAAACAAUGAGACAAAACGAGACUCACAUCACAAAAAAUAAAGCCAAGUGACCUUGACAAAGUGGCGGCAUUUGAUGGCCUAGGAAUGAGAUAGGAUUGAAAAAAUAUGGAUAUGAAGGAACAUGUCAUAGGCACAAAUGACUUUAGAACAAGACAAUAAUUAUCUAGUCUUUCAUUCAAGGUUUAUUUACAAGUCUGGACUUAUAAAACAUGGGAAACAAUGAAUUGAAAUUGUUUGAAAGCAUUAAGUUCAAGUUCUAUUGACAUUCAGUCACACAGACAACAAUGUCACAUUUUGAAACACAACACACAUAGCGUUGAACUUUAGCUGUUGAUUUACAGGCAGAAACGUAGAUGUUUAACAGGAGGAGGGGUUUUAACUGCUCCAAGAGCAGAAUAAAUCUCUCGCUCGAUGUGUAAGAUUUACCAGUACCACGGAGACAAGCUUUGGAUCAACUCACACAGCUCUGACUUUAUGCCAGUUUUAGAAUAGUUUACCAUAAAAGGGAAAGUUUUCAUGUGCAGAAGUCACCAUGGUUGAAAGCAUGGACUUGAUGAAGGAACAGAAGCGGUACUGUAUUCGGAAGAAGCAUGUAAUUAUCAUCUGCGUGGUUGUGGUAGUGUGCUCUUUGGCAGUGGGCCUCGGGGUGGGCCUCUCGAGGUCAGAUAAUUGCCCUACCUCCUCCACACCAGAACCAACACCACAGCCUACUCAGCCUCCUUCUCCCAGCAGCGGACCAUGCGCACCUUCUGCAGACUCCAGUGGGGAUUGGAAGAAUUUCCGUUUACCCAGCUAUGUGAAUCCAGUCCACUAUGACCUGCACCUGGAGCCGGACCUGGUUGAUGACACCUAUAGUGGCACUGUGGAAAUCCAAGUGGAAGUCAGUAAGCCUACUCGUCAUCUUUGGCUUCACAUCAGAGAGACAUUUGUCAGCACAAUGCCCAGAUUAAAGAUGCUGAACAGUCAGGGAGGACAGACGGAUGUGGCUGUGAAAAGCUGUUUUGAAUACAAACCUCACGAGUAUGUGGUGGUGGAGGCCACAGAAGAGCUGCCUGCCACUGGCCCAGGAGAAGUGUAUGUGCUCACUCUAGAUUUCCAGGGCUGGCUCAAUGGCUCUGUGGUUGGAUUCUACAGAGUUAUCUACACAGAGGCAGGGCAGACCAAAAAGAUUGCUGCAACUGAUCAUGAGCCAACAGAUGCCCGCAAGUCAUUCCCCUGCUUUGAUGAACCAAACAAGAAAGCCACCUACACUGUGUCCAUCACUCAUGAUGCUAAUUAUGGAGCUCUGUCCAACAUGCCACCAGAGGGUGCUCCUCAACAACUGGGCGACAAUAAAGUAAAAACCUCCUUCCAGAAGUCCGUUCCAAUGAGUACCUAUUUGGUAUGCUUUGCUGUGCACCAGUUUGAGUAUGUGGAAAGAACCUCUGCUCGUGGAAUUCCUUUGAGAAUCUACGCUCAGCCAACUCAGUUAGGAACAGCAGAAUAUGCAGCCAACGUAACCAAGAUCAUCUUUGACUACUUCGAGGAAUAUUUCAACAUGGAAUACUCCAUCUCAAAAUUGGAUAAGAUAGCCAUCCCUGACUUUGGUACUGGUGCCAUGGAGAACUGGGGCCUCAUCACCUACCGGGAGACCAACCUGCUGUAUGAUGAAAACCAGUCAUCCUCCUCAAACAAGCAACGAGUGGCCACUGUUAUUUCCCAUGAGCUGGUUCAUCAGUGGUUUGGGAAUAUUGUAACCAUGGAUUGGUGGGAUGACCUCUGGCUUAACGAGGGUUUUGCCAGUUUCUUCGAGUACAUUGGUGUGGAGAAAGCUGAACCUGACUGGGGCAUGCGAGACAUCAUGAUCAUCGGUGAUGUGCUUCCUGUCAUGGUGGAUGAUGCCCUCCUUUCUUCUCACCCUAUCAUUGUGGAUGUGUCUACACCAGCAGAAAUUACUUCGGUGUUUGAUACCAUCUCAUACAGCAAGGGAUCAUCAAUUCUCAGGAUGCUGGAGGACUGGAUGGGUAGAGACAUGUUCAGAGACGGCUGUCGAAAAUAUUUGAAAGACUACAACUUCACGAACGCCAAAACAGCCAACUUCUGGGAAUCUCUUGCCAGUGUGAGUGGGUUGCCAGUUGCAGAGGUCAUGGACACAUGGACCAAACAGAUGGGUUAUCCUGUCCUAGACCUGUCUGUGUCUGAGACAGACACCAAGCUAACCCAAAAGCGUUUCCUCCUGGACCCUAAAGCUAAUGCCAGUCACCCUUCCUCACCUUUUGGGUACAAGUGGACGAUUCCAGUUAAAUCGUAUUCUGUGCAAAGUGACAGGAAUAUGUCGACUAUGUUUGACAAGAGCAACACAGAGCUUGUCAUCGGUAACUAUUCAUUCUCAACGGACGGGCUGCUGAAGGUUAACAAUGAUCACAUUGGAUUCUACAGAGUUAACCACGAUGACAACAUGUGGAAUAUGAUUAGUCAACAGCUUCAAACCAACCACUUGGAGUUUGACGCAGCAGAUCGCACAAGCUACAUUGAUGAUAUUUUUGCUCUUGCCAGGGCUGGCAUUGUAGAUUAUGGUAAUGCCUUCAAUCUUACUAAAUAUCUAAAUGAGACUGACUACAUAGUCUGGAACCGUGUGGCUUCUUCUAUCACUUAUGUUCAGGACAUGCUAUCUGGGAAUGCUGAACUCUACCCAAAGUUUCAGAAACUGUUUCGUGACCAUGUUAAAACCAUCUCAACAGAGCUUGGAUGGGAUGACGUGGGAACACAAACACAGAGGUUACUGAGGGAGACUGUGCUCAGCAUCGCCUGUAAGAUGGAUGAUCAAGACGCUCUAAAUGAAGCGUCACGCAUUUUUGACCAGUGGAUUGAAGGAAGUCUCAGCAGUGUGGCAGUGAACCUGAGACUACUGGUAUAUAGAUAUGGCAUGAAGAACUCAGGAACUGAAGAAAAGUGGAACAUAAUGUUUGAAAGGUACAAAAGUAGUGCUUUGGCUCAAGAAAAGGACAAGCUGCUGUAUGGACUGGCAUCUGUGGAGAACUUGGACCUUCUGUACAAGCUGCUGGAGGCUGCUAAAGAUGAGAGUGUAGUGAGGAGUCAGGAUUUGUUCACUCUGGUGCGAUACGUGUCAUACAAUCCACUCGGUCAACGCAUGGCCUGGGACUGGACCACACUGAACUGGAACUAUCUGGUGAAAAGGUACACCAUAAAUGACAGGAAUCUUGGUCGUCUCCCGACUCAAAUCACCACCACGUACAACACAGACUUCCAGCUAUGGACGAUGGAGCAUUUCUUUAAUCUAACACCGGAUGCUGGUGCUGGGGAGAUGCCCCGGGAGCAGGCACUGGAGACAGUGAGGAACAACAUUGAAUGGAUCAGGAGCAAUGAGAACGAGAUCCGAGUGUGGCUGGAGAACAACACUGCCUAAAACACAGCUGAAGUGCAGGCAUCCUGCACUUUAGAGAAUCUGAGCAUCCCUCAGUGUAAUCAAUGUUUCAACAAAAAGCUAAUGUAAGUGUUAAUUUGUUUGAGAUUAAAGGCUGAAAAAACACAUUUUUAGAUAAUUUGUUCAUAUUUAUGAGAUUUAUCACACGUAUUAUACAGAGUAAUCUCGGCAGGACAAUUGGUUAGUGGAGAGUAGGGUUGUUGGGAGGUUUUUCCAGAGUAACAUUUCCACUGGGUGAGCUGUCAGGGGUGAGUGUGUCUAAAAGUGAGUGUGGAUGAUGCGAACAGGAGCUAAAUAAAGAAAUGGCCUUGUAGCUUAUCAUAUGAAGCAUUUCUUGAGUGUAACACUAACACAUUUUAUGUGAAAUGUGUCCCAGAAGAGACACCAGAAUUUGAAUGUGAGGAAGCUGUUGUACAGAAGUGAUAUAAAUGUUUAGCUGUCUUGUUCAGCCUGAAAGGAAGUUAUUGAUAUAAAAAUGUAAAAAAAAAAAAUAAAGCCAAUG